CCCCCAGACCCCACAGGGACCCCCCCAGCCGGACCCCCCCGGGACCCCCCCGGGACCCCCCCCGCUAUGGGGCAGCCGGAGCCGCCGGGGGUCUUCGACCUGGGGGUGCUGAGAACGCCCCGGGGGCUGCUGCUGGCGGGGGAACUGGUGCUGUCCGGGGGGGUGGUGGCCCUGCUGGCCCCCCCCGCGCCCCCCACCUUGGCCCCGGCGCUGCUCCAGACCCUGGCGGGGGCUGCGGCCCUGGGGGGGCUCCUGCUGCGGGACCCCCCCCAGCUGCCCCCCGGCUACGGCACCUGCCUGGACCUGCUCCGGGCGGUCAGUGGGACCCUCAUCUUCCUCGUGGUGGCCCUGGUGGCCUUGGCCUCGUCCCGCGACGCCCUGGCUGCCACCACCUUCACCUUCAGCCUCGUCCUCGCCUUGGUCUUCGCCUUUGACACCUUCGUCACCUUCCGCACCCGGGUGGCCCCGGCCCUGGGACACGGUGAGGGCCACGGGGGCCUCGGGAUCCCGACACGGAGCGCGGCUGACGGCCACCGCCCCCCACCACUGUCCCCUUGUCCCCCUGUGUCCCCUCCCCACUUUGGGGGUCCUGCCCCCCAAAUUAAACCUCGUCCCACACCUGGUGCUGCUCAGGGUCGUGUUGGUGGGGUGGGGUGGGCGAGGGGACAUCGUGUCCCUCUCGUGGCUCAUUAAUGAAUUCAUGAUGGCGUUGGG